CCAAAAAACACAGAGAGAGCACAGAAACCAAGCUCGGUUCAAUUUCCACGCCCAUGCCCAUGGCGACGCCAAAUCAACCAAUUUUAGCUCCGAUUGAAACGGCAGUGGCCAGAAAGAGAUCAAUCAAUCACAGGCUCAUCAGAGAUGAGAUGCUACAGGAGUUUCCAAACCCUAGAACACACCACACAGAUAUCUGCUCAAUUUUUGGAAGCUUCAGACACUAUUCGGGUGUCUGAUUGUCUUCUUCUUCGAUGGACCCCAUCGUUGGCUGAAAUUUCUUACGCCAUUGCUGAUUGCAGCCGGUGACUUUCGAGUCUUCUUGCACAUGCCAACGCCUCUUGAAAAUUUGAUGGUGGUGGUGCGAACACCAGUCAACAGAUCGGCCUGGGAACGGAGAAAGAACAAAAGAAUUGGAAAUGGUCGGCAAGUUUCAACUUCAAGCACCAAGUUUUGUCUUUUAUUGAAAGCUUGGCUCGUCUUUUUCUGGGUGUUGGGUAUCCUCUGCAACUCCAGACUAGCUGCCGGAUCCAACAGACAUGGCGGCCGGAAACUUGCUACAGACAGCCCUGCCGGUUUUAUUAGCAUUGACUGUGGAGCAACUGAAGAUCAUACGGAUAAUGUUACCGGCAUAUUGUAUAAAUCAGAUAAAGACUUUGUAGAUACAGGAAUCAGCAUGCCAAUUUCCGCUAACAUCUCUAAAAAUCUCCGGCCGGAGCUGAAGAAUGUAAGAAGUUUUCCUGAAGGGAGAAGGAAUUGUUAUGUCCUAAGUCCUGAAAAAGGGAAGGAUAACACUUACUUGAUUCGAGCUUCCUUUCUAUAUGGAAAUUAUGAUGGAAAGAACAACACCCCUAUCUUUGAUUUAUACCUUGGGGCCAAUCUGUGGUGGACAGUGGACUGGGACAAUGGAUAUGUAGAGACCCUCUAUACCCCUUCCACAGAUUACAUUAGCGUCUGUCUUUUCAACACUAGCAAAGGGGUGCCUUACAUUUCAGCAUUGGAGUUGCGACAUCUCGAUAGUUCCAUUUAUCAAACCCCAGCCAAGGCACUAGUUACGAUGCAGCGUUUUGACAUUGGCGGCAAGUCGAAUUUAAGAUUCCCAGGGGAUGUUUAUGAUCGAAUUUGGAACCCCUUGAAUGUUGACACACUGAAUUCCAGUUCCACCAACUCCACCAUAAGCCAGGGAAAUAAUGAUGUGUACAAGAUACCGAAUGUAUUGUUGCAAACUGCUGCAAAGGAACAGAAUGCCACAUGCUCCUUGAGCUAUUUCUGGGAAACCAAACCUUCAAAUUCGCAGUUUUAUGUUUACUUUCACUUUGCUGAGGUCGAGAGGCUUCAAGGGAAACGGAGGAGAUUGAAGAUUGAUUUGACUGGCCAAGGAAAUGCAACAACAAUUGCUUCACUUGAUUACUUAAAGCCCCUGUCUGUCAGUCUAAAUGGCACGCCAGAUACUGCAGGCCAACUGCAGUUUUCAAUUUCCGCUGCUGAGGGAUCAGACCUCCCUCCAUUAUUGAAUGGCUUUGAGAUAUAUUCUGCAAAAGAGAUGCAAAAUGCAUCAACAGUUUCUGAAGAUGCCGAUGCUAUGGUGGGUGUCAAGCAAACAUUCAGAUUGAUCAGGAACUGGCAAGGGGAUCCAUGUUUUCCUAGUGAUUUAUUAUGGGAUGGUUUAAACUGCAGCAACAAUAGUCCCACGAGAAUUGUCUCAAUAAACCUGAGGUCAAGCAAAUUGGUAGGAGAAAUUCCUGCUUCAAUCGAAAAUCUCCAAUCAUUAACGACAUUGGAUUUGUCCGAUAAUGAGUUGACUGGAGAGCUGCCAGACUUCUUAGUAAAUUUGCCAAAUUUAAAAAUCCUUAAUAUAACCAGAAACAAGUUCACAGGCUCAGUUCCCAAGGCUCUCUUGCUAAGAGCUGAAGCUGGAUCACUUGCAUUAAGUGUGGGUGAAAAUCCAGAUCUUUGUGCAUCACUUAAAUGCUAUAACAAGUGGAAGAAGUACUUGGCUCUCAUAAUCCUCUCCUGUAUAAUAGCUGUCCUCCUACCUAUUCUAGUGGUUGCUUUGGUAAUCUACAAAAGGAGAAAACAAAGAGAGGAUCUCAGAAGAUCGAUUGAAGAAAGGUUACUGAAAUCAAAGAAUCGGCAGGUUAGGUACUCUGAGAUAUUGCUCAUCACAGAUAACUUGAAGACAACUAUUGGGGAAGGAGGAUUUGGAAAAGUAUACUUGGGUAUACUGAGUGAUAAAACCCAAGUUGCUAUCAAGUUGCGGUCUGCAUCGUCACGGCAAGGCCCAAAUGAAUUCAGAGCAGAGGCUCAAAUAUUGACCAUUGUUCAUCAUAGAAAUCUUGUUUCUCUCGUUGGUUACUGUGAUGAGGCUGAGAAUACGGCGCUCAUUUACGAAUUCAUGGCUAAUGGAAAUCUACGCAAGUAUCUAUCUGAUUCAAGCACAAAGGUCUUGAGUUGGAUUGAAAGACUCCAAAUUGCAGUUGAUGCAGCACAAGGGCUGGAAUAUUUGCACAAUGGUUGCAAGCCAACUAUAAUUCACAGAGAUAUGAAGACUUCAAAUAUUUUAUUGAAUGAAAGAAUGCAAGCUAAAAUAUCAGAUUUUGGACUGUCCAGGGUAUUUGCAAAUGAAAGUGAUACUCAUUUGUCCACUUGCCCUGCUGGCACCUUCGGAUACGUUGACCCUACGAUUCAUUUAUCGGGAAACUUCACCAAGAAAAGUGAUGUUUACAGCUUUGGGAUUGUCUUGUUCGAGCUGCUGACUGCUCAGCCCGCCAUUAUCAAGGGAGCUGAGUACAAUAUCCACAUAGUGGACUGGGCUAAGCCUCUGAUUGCAGAUGGAAACAUCCAAAAGAUUGUCGAUCCGAGGUUAGAAGGUUCAAUAGAGAGUUGUUCUGCUGGAAAAUUUGCAGAGUUGGCUCUGUCAUGUGCACUGCCAACUUCGGCUGAAAGGCCAGACAUGAGUGAAGUGGUAUCACAGCUCAUUGAAUGUCUGAAGAUGGCUCAGGAUAAAACCCCACAGAUCACACCUAACGACACCGAUAACUUCUCUUACAAUUCGAUUGGUUCUGAAUCAUUUUUGGGUCCCAGAUAGAAAUCAAACAGAUCAUUCUUUCUUUUUCUGAAACCCUCUUGCUUGACACAUUCUUUACUGUUGCCUUCAGUUUCAUUGGUGUUUCUCCAAUAAUGAAUUGGAAAGAUGAGGCUCUAUUGCAAGACUUUGAACUUGGAUGAAAGCUAGACUUGUAAAGUUUUAGCUGUUGGCUUUUGGUGAAGAUGAUCCAUCAAAUUUAUUCUCAGCAGUGUAAAUAUUGGCUUUUGAGCUGGCAAAAUGUAGCAGUAGUUUCUUUGUCGUCGAAUAAAUAUAUAUUUUCCCAUCUAUUA